GCGCGCCCCGGGAGUGAGUCUCUGUGACUCUGAGGGAGAGCGAGGUGGGUUGGGGCGGCCGUCAUGUUGUUCUCCGCUCGUUUUCGGACUGCCUUUCCACGCUUGGUGACACAUAUUCGCUGCCUUCAUACAUCAGCAGAAUGCAGAAGUGGUGGUGGAACUCUGUUUGUGCACAGAGAUACUCCUGAAAACAACCCAAAUACCCCAUUUGAUUUCACUCCUGAAAACUAUAAGAGGAUAGAUGUAAUAGUAAACAACUUCCCAGAAGGACAUAGAUCUUCAGCAGUGAUCCCAGUCCUGGAUUUAGCUCAAAGACAAUAUGGAUGGCUACCUAUAUCAGCUAUGAAUAAGGUUGCUGAGAUUCUACACAUGCCUCCUAUGAGAGUUUAUGAAGUAGCAACUUUUUAUACAAUGUUUAAUCGUAAGCCUGUUGGAAAGUAUCAUAUUCAAGUCUGCACUACUACACCUUGCAUGCUUCAAGACUCAGAUAGUAUAUUAGAAGCCAUUCAGAAGAAGCUUGGUAUAAAAGUUGGGGAAACUACGCCUGAUAAACUCUUCACUAUGACUGAAGUUGAAUGCUUGGGAGCUUGUGUAAAUGCACCAAUGGUACAAAUAAAUGACAACUAUUAUGAAGAUCUGACAACAAAAGACAUUGAAGACAUAAUUGAUGAAUUGAAAGCUGGAAAAAUUCCAAAACCUGGACCAAGAAGUGGACGUUUCUCCUGUGAGCCAUCUGGUGGUCUGACUUCUCUGACAGAGCCACCCAAGGGACCUGGCUUUGGAGUUCGGUCAGAUCUUUAAAACUUUUGUUCUAAGUGUAAGAAAUUACUGAGAAAAUAAAUUCUAAAAUUUGAA